AUGUUUCGAUCUCUGAGACGUGUUCAACAGUUUAACUGCAACCUCCUGAAUAUGCAUAACCUCAGUGUCAGCUCUAAAGCCCCUCUCUGCACCUCCAGAAUGGCCAAUUCAGAGUACAGGAUUGAGCAGGACACGUUCGGUGAGCUCAAGGUCCCAGCUGACAAGUACUACGGUGCCCAGACUGUCAGAUCCACCAAGAACUUCAAGAUAGGAGGACCCAAUGAGAGAAUGCCAAUCCAAGUGAUCAAGGCGUUUGGUAUUUUGAAGAAAGCAGCAGCUGAGGUGAACAAAAAGUUUGGCCUUCCCCCAAACAUAGCAGACGCAAUCAUCCAGGCUGCAGAAGAGGUUUCAGCUGGUAAACUGGAUGAUCAUUUCCCUCUGGUGGUGUGGCAGACUGGAUCUGGGACUCAAACCAACAUGAACGUCAAUGAGGUAAUCAGCAACAGGGCUAUAGAGAUCUUGGGGGGGAAACUGGGCUCUAAAGAGCCUGUCCAUCCCAAUGAUCAUGUCAACAAGUGUCAGAGCUCCAAUGACACCUUCCCAACUGCCAUGCACAUAGCUGCAGCCAUAGAAGUCCACCAGGUGCUGCUGCCUGGUCUGCAGACGCUGCAUGAUGCUCUGGCCGCCAAAGCUGAAGAGUUCAAAGACAUCAUUAAGAUCGGGCGCACACACACUCAGGAUGCGGUGCCACUCUCACUUAGUCAAGAGUUUGGCGGUUAUGUCCAGCAGGUGAAGUACAGCAUUAAGAGAGUGAAUGCUGCCAUGCCCAGAGUGUACGAGCUGGCGGCAGGAGGCACAGCAGUAGGAACUGGACUCAACACCCGCAUAGGCUUCGCUGAGAAAGUAGCUUCCAAAGUGUCUUCACUCACAAGCCUGCCUUUUGUGACAGCCCCCAACAAGUUUGAAGCUCUGGCAGCCCACGAUGCUCUGGUGGAGCUGAGUGGAGCACUGAACACAGUGGCCGUCAGCAUGAUGAAGAUUGCCAACGACAUUCGUUUCCUGGGUUCAGGGCCCCGCUCUGGCCUGGGGGAACUCAUCUUACCAGAGAAUGAGCCAGGAAGCAGUAUCAUGCCAGGUAAGGUGAACCCAACCCAGUGUGAGGCCAUGACCAUGGUGGCAGCCCAGGUGAUGGGAAACCAUGUCGCAGUCACCAUCGGAGGCAGCAAUGGACACUUUGAGCUCAAUGUCUUCAAACCUAUGAUCAUCAAGAAUGUGCUGAAUUCUGCACAGCUGCUGGGUGAUGCCUCCGUCUCCUUUGCCAACAACUGUGUGUUGGGCAUCCUGGCCAACACAGAGAGGAUCAAAAAGCACAUGAAUGAGUCUCUCAUGUUGGUCACAGCUCUUAACCCACACAUUGGUUAUGACAAAGCUGCCACCAUCGCCAAGACUGCUCACAAGAGGGGGUCUACGCUGAAGGCUGUAGCUGUGGAGCUGGGCUACCUGACAGAGGAGCAGUUCGACCAGUGGGUGAAGCCAAGUGAAAUGCUGGGGCCAAAGUAACACUCACAACAAAAUGUUCACUACAAAACAGAGACAUUUAUUUCAACAAGAGGUUCUGUACAAUUAUAUGAGCAAACCCUCUCUUACGGUGU